UGCGCACGUUUGUGACCCCAACGAAGAACCGGCUAAAUUUACUUGGCUAAACGUGUCUCUACAACAUUUUUCAUUUCGACUGGGAUACCAAGCUCGGUGUAUCAGUGUACCAUACGGGUUCUUUAAAUGCGACCGAACUACAGGACCCAUUCAACAAAUCGUCUUUUUAAUAAAAUGAACAUGCGACAAAAUUCAACAAAUCGUGUAUUUAAUACAAUUAUUAUACAGUAAAAUAGUAAUAUAAAUUAAUAUGAACAUAAAUUAAAUGAAACAAAUAGUUAUAUUAUUAGACACUAGCCAAACACAACCUGGAAGUUAACUGGGGGUCAUGCGCGCGCGCGUCCGAUGAAACGGUCUAUAUUGUGUUUUAUACCAUGACUUACAGUAUAAAGCAGUGGCAAAUCUACAGUAUGUUUAGUGUAAAGAGAAACGGGUGUGCAGCAACAGAAGAUCAAAUAAAAGACUCUGAUUUUGCAUUGUAUUUUCAACAGUUUGCAGUGGAGUUUUCUUCAUAACCGCGGCGGCCGCUCAAGCGUCUGGCCUGGAUCACGUGACUGUGAUGUCAGCAUCAGGGGAGGGGCUUCAGAGCGCCGCGGGUGAAGAUCUGGAGCCAGAGGAAGAUCAGGAUCCAUCAGGAAUGUUCAAUGACCCAACCUUGCUUAAAGUUCAUCAGGUGAGUAAAGGAGAAGAGUCGAGUCACAGACGCUCCGGACGCAAGAAGAACAGAGAAAGAAAAAAGAAUAAAAACAUCACUCCAGUUCAGCCGAAGCGCACGGCGUCCACACAUAAGAUCCACAGCAGCACAGCGGAUCCGUGUCUGACCUCUCACCUGGACUACUGCAUCCACGGACACUGCACGUACCUGCACGGCCUCAGAGAACCUGUCUGCGUAUGUAAGCGAGGUUAUGAUGGUGAGCGCUGUGGAAUUCAGCUUCUUCACACAUCAGGUGAACCAGACGACAGCACCUCUGACACCGCUCACACGGCACUCGUCGUCAUGGCCGUCGUCCUGUCAAUCAUCAGCUGUCUGGCCAUCUUACUCAUCAUCUGUGUGCACUAUAGAACACACCAUCGCUUCCAGGCAGCUUUUCUGAGUUCUGCUAAUGAGAGAGAGACUCUUGAGAAAAAAAACAUCAUAUUAUAAAGAUAAAGAGGUGUAACAGCAGCACUUGAAAUCACAGCAUCUCACUGGCACUUCAGAUUUAUUGCACAUAGAGCAUUGUCAUGUAUAUUUAUUGUUUGUACCUAUUUAUUAACAAAGCAUAUUAUUUCCUACACUUUUAGUGUAUGUGUCUAUUUUGAUAAUAAAAAAGCUGUUUGUUUGAUAUGUGAUAUUUAUUUACUCCAACGGAAUAAAGAACA